AUGCUCUCCGCCGGGGAACGACAACUUCCUCACGCCAAAGUAGACUCGGUCAUCAUGCCUGAUCUCGCCAAUGGAACCGCUGCAUCAGUUCUCCAGGAGAACCCCACAAACCCGGCUCAUGUACAACACAUCUGGGUCGUGACCGGCCCAGCAGGCUGCGGCAAGAGCACCGUUGGCAAUGUCCUACGCACUGAACUGGGUGUCCCAUUCCUAGAAGGCGACGACUACCACCCAGCCGCCAACAAGGAAAAAAUGGGUCAAGGAACCCCCCUCACAGACGCAGACCGCUGGGACUGGUUGAUCUCCCUCCGACAAGCCGCCAUCGAUGUCCUCUCCCCCUCAGAAACCAACAAAUUCCACCCGCCUGCCGGUGUCGUCGUCGCCUGUUCCGCCCUCAAGCGGAAGUACCGGGAUGUCAUGCGUGUGGCGGCUUAUGGCUCCUCCUCUGUGCGCAUUCACUUCGUGUACUUGAAGCUCGAUGAGGAUGUCCUGUUGCAGCGCGUCACUCAGCGCCAGUCUCACUACAUGAAGAGUAGCAUGGUCCAGUCGCAGCUUGCGGCACUGGAGGAGCCCAAGGGCGAAUGGGAUGCCUUGACUAUCAAUGUGCAGGGCUCCAUGGAAGAUGUUCAGCGCAGUGUGAUUGAGGCGGUGACGGAGAAGUUGGCCGAGUACGUUUGA